ACAGGGAGUGAGAGAGAGCAGAGACAGAGCACUGUGUUGUGAAAGUGGAGAUUAAUACAAAUACAGUGGAAAGAAGGAGGGGGAGCCUGGAUAAAGUGGAGCUCUAUCUUUCGUCCUCUUUUCUCUUGUUCCCUCCCUCUCUCUGCUCCCUCCCCCGGGCUGCAGGAGUAGUAGGAGGUUAACGUGACUGUGAGAGCUGUACUUUAAAACAGCACGGCGGGCCGAACUCACACACUCAGACACACUCACAGCUGAGAAAUCAUACUGAAACAUAAGGUCAGUCCCUCUGGAUUUCUAUAUGGAUCUGGGACUGUAAACAAUUUCAAGAGGGAAAUAUCAGAGACAGAUUUCAAUUUGGUGUAGGACUGUAAAGGAAGGUACCUGGACUCACAGUGGAAAUGGACACAGGCCCGUUGGCAUCAGUGGCCGAGGGCUCUCCGGAAGGGGAGACGGUGUGUGCCGCCUUGGCCCGCUAUGAAACCACAUUGCAGGAUGCGGUGCGUGAGAUCCACGUGGACGUCAGUGCUUUCAAGCUGGGCAUCGAGCGGAGACUAGAAGAGGCCAUUAAUGUGAGCGGACCUCUGGGCCGGGCCGUGGCACAGCUGCAGCAGGAGAACCGGCAGCUCAGGGGUCAGUUAGAGGCCCUGACCCGACAGGUAGAGAUGCUGACGGGGUCGGUGUGCGACAGAAGUGCACUUCUCACUGAAGGAUUGGCGCCACCACAGAGCAACAGCAGCACCGCGGGGCAUCAGUCUCCACCGUCUGCGGCCCCCAGCAUAGCAGCUCUGACCGGCUCUGCCUCCAGCCCCACUGCCACACGCUUCUCCAGCAGAGCCACCUUCUCCGUCACCAGCAAAACUAAUAGUGUUGAGCGAGAUGAGCCCAUUGAAGUGGAUCCAGCACCAGUUUCCCAAGGCUUGGAGAAUGGACACUUAUCCUCAACAGAAAACUCCACUAUGCCUUUGAGGAGAAUCUCACCGCCCAACGGUGUGUCACAGGAGCACUCAGCCCCUGUUUCGAUGGCGAUGCCUCACCUGCCAAUCACAGCAACCACCAAAGUGGCUGAUUCAGCAGUUAUGAAAAGUCCUGAGUCACCUGGUAGCCCGAUGCAAGCCACGCCGUCAACCAUAACAGAUUCACUGACAAACAGUCAGCCGGUCACCAGUAAUAACCAGCCACUACUAGAGUCUCCUGUUCAUGCAGUUUCGUCUGUGAAAACAUGGGCUCCGACUCCUGCCAGGACUAUGGGCUCUCCACGGCUUAGUGAGAAAGCAUCUUCGGCUCCAGCCAAGUCAGUGACUUACUCUGGGCUUUUCCCACACAGUACAGACAGGUGGGUCGAGUGUCUAACUUCACUCUCUCCCAUUAAUCUGCAGAACAUCGACAUUCAAAACUUCUCAUCCAGCUGGAGUGACGGCAUGGCAUUCUGUGCCCUGGUCCACUCUUUCUUCCCCACAGAGUUUGACUACAACGUCCUGUCCCCUGCCGACCGCAAACAUAACUUUGAGCUGGCAUUCAGCACUGCAGAGAAGAAGGCUGGCUGCGAUAGGCUCAUUGAAGUGGAGGACAUGAUGGUGAUGGGAAGAAAGCCAGACCCCAUGUGUGUCUUUACUUACGUCCAGUCACUAUAUAACCACUUGCGCAAGUUUGAGUGAGAUCUUGGCCUCUUUAGCGCCAGCUGAACACUGCACUUUCCCCUGCUGGACAAAACUGAACUCUGACAUAGUCACUAUGGUAUGGGGUUGCAAAAUGUCUAUGGGAACCCACACCAUUUCAAGCAUGAUGCUUCUGCAGUUGCAUUUUAGUCAAGAAAAGGUCAUCGACUAUUUAUACAGUCCUUCGAGGCAUGGCUUUUGUGUAUGGCACGCUCUUUUUAGAAUGGUGGCCUCUGAUUUAUUACUAAACAGCUUGAAGUUAAAGGAAUAGUUCAGCCCAAAAUGAAAAUGCACUUAUCCUUAUAGGCCAUCCAUGAUGU